GGGUACAGGUCCGGUCUGUCUGCCCCCCGGACUCACGCACUUACCCCACUCCACCUGUUGCCGGGAUCGCCUCAUUUCUGCACAUCACUUUGAGGUGCCUGAGGGGGACCACAAAACCCUCCAAGCCUCUCUUUUGUGGUUCCAGCGAGCACAACAAGCGCAAAUGCUCAGCCAGUUUCCUUCAGACACCAGGAAACCAUCCCAGCUAACAGAAGUCCAGUUUUGAGCAGGGAGAGCCCAGGGAAAGGGCAGCUCAGCUCGUCAGCCCCAAGCGAGAAUCUAGUCGAUGAAAAGACCAGAAAACCAGAAAGGAGGACAGGCCGACGCUGACCCUGCCUUCUUCCAGCCUGUGCAGCCCGAACAGGCGACUGGGCAAAAAAUGUUCAUUUUCAUUUUCCUCUCGCCCAGGCACUGGUGAGUUUCCUAACGGGGCCGCCUGUGAAAGGAUGAGUUGAGUUCUCUUUGUCUGAGAAAAGAGUUUAGGGCUGUGAUUCAGCUGCAAAGAAGCCAAAUGAAGUUAGAAACAAAGGGCAAAUUGAAGGAUUCCGACUCUUGGCUUUUUGUGUUUUCCUUACUAGAAAAUAAUUAGACCUAAUGAAUAUGCAGACGCUUCAGCUAAACCCUCGGCCUGGGCUGCUGGGUUUUAAACAGAGCUGCGGAGAAAUGCAACCUUCAUCCCCCAACCCCCCGCAUCCUCAUGCAUUUUUUGAAAUGCAUAAAUGUUGCUCGCCUUAAUUGAUUGAGUCACAGGGAUUUUUUUUCCUGCUUUUAAGUGCCAUACUCCUCUACCUUUCAACAAUCAUUUUAAUAUAUAGUCAAUGGCUCUUUGUGGACGGGACAAAAAGCAACUACGCGCAGUUGUUGAAUAGACUUUGCGCUGGGCAAAGACAGGUUAAUCGAGGGCCGCAUCGCGAAAACAAGCGAGUGUUGUAUGUUUGCACUGAAUCCAAAUGUCUGCAUUUUCCUAACUAAAUCAAAGGGAGUGUUAUUUCUUUUUCUGCUCACUCAUCUGAAGGUAAGUAAAUUUUCUCUGGCGAUCAAAAGCCUGGUCGGCAACAAAGACCGCGCCCGCUUUUUCCACCGUCCUGGUGUGGUGAGUUACGGAAUUUCAAUAACUGUGACAAGGGUGACUGAUUUGUGAACUAGAAAAGGUUUGAAUGUCACAAAAUUUACAUUGGUCCUAUCUAUCGCAGAUUUAAAUACCAAAAAAAGUAUUCGGGGAUUUCUAGGGAGCUUUGGGCAGUCCUGAAGAACAAUGGCGUGUUGGGAAAUUUACAGUUUUACCUGAAUGAAAGGGGCCAGGGUUGGGAGCAGGAGUGCAGAGAGAGGGGUUAGUGGGGGCAGACACGGGAUACUAGGGAAAAGGGAGAAAAGAAAAGAAUAACACAGGAAAGGAAAAAAAAUAAAAAUCAGCAACACUGUUUUCAAUUUGCUAAAAAAAAAAUCCCCACACAAAAACAAAAAACCCUGAACCUGGAAAGUUGGAGCUCUCAUCCACCUGUGCUUAUUUUUUGGGGGGAGGAGGGAGCAGGAAGUCUGAUUGAUUUGAUAACAGUGAGAAAAUCAAGGGAACCGGUUAUCCUCAGAAAUCACAUUUCUGGUAAAGAGAAAGUGGUGUGUGCCUGUGUGCUCCCGAGAUCUUAAAUUAUAAACAGGAGGGGGACGAAGCAAGAGGGAAGCGAACUUCAAACGGAGCAAAUAACAAAAGCCUCCUUUGCUGCCCUUCAAGGCGGGGACAGGGGGAAAGAAAGAAAAGAAAGUUGCUGAAUCGGGACAUUCUGGAAGUGCCUUAGCUGUGUUUACCAGCCCCAUCCCCGCCUCCUGUUCUCGGAGACGCCCGAAGUCGCUAAUCGCUCAGCUAAGAGCAGGUCUGAAGAAGGACAAGAUAGAGAAAGAGAGAUGGAGAGGGAAAGGGAGAGGGAUACGGAUAAAGAGGAGAGAGAAUGUAUAUGACUGCGAAAAGGAAAAGAAAUCGUGGCAAAAUUUUUUUUCCAUGAGAAGAGGGGAAAAAUUUGGCUAAAAAAAAAGUUGCUACUCCUGGCAGCCCUGUUUGUCAAAAGGGGAUGUCAAGCGCUUUACAAUACCUGGGAUUGAUGAGGCGGGCGGGCCAAUGAAAGGCGCGCGGCGCCUCGGCGCGCCCUCCGUUGGCGCGGCGGCUGCGGGCGGGGGGAGCGCGGGCACACCAAUGGGCGCCCGCGUCGGCAGCACGUGACGCCUCCCCCUGCUCCCAUUCAUCAAGGGGGGGACGGUGUCGUCCUUUCAAUUCAUUUAUCUGCAGGAAUGAUUGCUGCUAUCAGUCUCGCGCUCACCGCCCGGCUGAGGAGGUGAAAGUUUCUCCCCAGGAAGAUAAACCGCAAAAGACAAUAUUGUGCAUGAUUUGCGCCUUUUCUUUGGCUUUUUCUUUCUUUCUUUUUUUUCUCCCCCUCCACCCCCCCUUUUUUUUUUUUUUUUUUUUUUUGCAAAAAGCAGAGGGGGAAAAAGGAGAGUGAAGGAGCGAGGAGGCGAGCCUGAGAGAAAGGAGAGAGAGAGAGAGAGAGAGAAAAGAAAGGGCGAGGGGCUAGUAGAGAAGUGAGGAGGGGCGUACGGCGCGAGGCGGAGAGAGGGCUAGCAGUCGCUGCUCCGGCGCUCACAUUCCUCUAUGCUACAAAUCCGGGAGGAAGUUUUUUUGGGGAGCUGAGAUGCUCCAUGCCUUUCCCUGGGCAGCCUUGACGCGGGGUCCUCUCGGCAGAGACUGAGCGGCGAGAAAGUGCUAGCCGGGCCGGCAGGGUCUGCUCGGCGGGCGCCGGAGCCCGCCUUGCUCGCGGCCCGCAGCAGUCAGGCUUCCCCGCGCUUGGCCGGGCGGGCGCCCCGGCGCUCCGCGCCGCUGCCUGCAGGCUAGGACUUCGCGAGGUGGGUCGACUCCUCCUCCCUCCUCUUCUUCUUCCUCCUCUUCCUCCGCCUCCCGUUCCUCCUCCUCCACUACCUCCUCCUCCUCCUCCUCCUAAUUUUCCCUCCUCGGCGGGCGAGGGUGGGGGGGGCGGGGGAGGCCGGGGCUCGCCCCGAGCAGCCACGAUGCUCCUGGACGCCGGCCCCCAGUACCCCGCGAUCGGCGUGACCACCUUUGGCGCGUCCCGCCACCACUCGGCGGGCGACGUGGCCGAGCGCGACGUGGGCCUGGGCAUCAACCCGUUCGCCGACGGCAUGGGUGCCUUCAAGCUCAACCCCAGCUCGCACGAGCUGGCCUCCGCGGGCCAAACGGCCUUCACGUCUCAGGCUCCCGGCUACGCGGCUGCGGCGGCCCUGGGACAUCACCACCAUCCGGGCCACGUCGGCUCCUAUUCGAGCGCAGCCUUCAACUCCACGCGGGACUUUCUGUUCCGCAACCGGGGCUUUGGCGACGCGGCGGCUGCAGCCAGCGCGCAGCACAGUCUGUUCGCUGCUUCAGCCGGGGGCUUCGGGGGCCCACACGGCCACACGGACGCCGCGGGCCACCUCCUCUUCCCCGGCCUUCACGAGCAGGCGGCGGGCCAUGCAUCGCCCAACGUGGUCAACGGGCAGAUGAGGCUUGGCUUCUCGGGGGACAUGUACCCGCGGCCCGAGCAGUAUGGCCAGGUGACCAGUCCGCGUUCAGAGCACUAUGCCGCGCCGCAGCUGCACGGCUACGGGCCCAUGAACGUGAACAUGGCCGCGCAUCACGGCGCCGGCGCCUUCUUCCGCUAUAUGCGCCAGCCCAUCAAACAGGAGCUCAUCUGCAAGUGGAUCGAGCCCGAGCAGCUGGCCAACCCCAAAAAGUCGUGCAACAAAACUUUCAGCACUAUGCACGAGCUGGUCACGCACGUCACAGUGGAGCACGUCGGCGGACCCGAGCAGAGUAACCACAUCUGCUUCUGGGAGGAGUGUCCGCGCGAGGGCAAGCCCUUCAAAGCCAAAUACAAACUGGUCAACCACAUCCGCGUGCACACGGGCGAGAAGCCCUUCCCCUGCCCCUUCCCUGGCUGCGGCAAGGUCUUCGCCCGUUCUGAGAACUUAAAGAUCCACAAAAGGACGCACACAGGGGAGAAGCCCUUCAAGUGCGAGUUCGAGGGCUGCGACCGACGCUUCGCCAAUAGCAGCGAUCGCAAGAAGCACAUGCACGUGCACACGAGUGACAAGCCCUAUCUUUGCAAGAUGUGCGACAAAUCCUACACGCACCCCAGCUCGUUGCGCAAACACAUGAAGGUCCACGAAUCCUCCUCGCAGGGCUCUCAACCUUCGCCGGCCGCCAGCUCGGGCUAUGAGUCCUCCACGCCGCCCACCAUCGUGUCUCCCUCCACAGACAACCCGACCACCAGCUCCCUGUCGCCCUCCUCCUCCGCGGUCCACCACACAACCGGCCACAGCGCGCUCUCUUCCAAUUUUAACGAAUGGUACGUGUAAAAUCAGAAACAAAACACCGAACAAAACCCUAUUUAAGAGACUGAGCACACACACACAUACAAAAUAUUACUGAAAGAACCCUGAGCAUCAAAAGAGUCCCCUCCCCACACCCUAAUCCUAUUUUUUCUAAACCUGCCGAUAGACCCAGGACCGAGUAAGAGAGAAGCACCAAACCUUUACAUUUUUUUUUUU